AUGAUGACAACAACUACAGUAAUCCCGGACGCAAUCAUGAGAACCGGUUUGGCUCCGGCACCGAAUAUUCCGAAUCCGAGAAAUGCCGGAAGAAAGAAGAGUAAUCCAGUCUGGGAGUUCUUCACGGACCUCCGAACCCAUGGUCUCGCAGGAGUUCGUUGUAGAUUCUGUCACUGGGUUACAAAUGAUAGAAGUCCGACGACAAUGAAGUUUCAUUUGAAAAGGAAACAUGAUACAGGACCAGGUGGUCUUUGGGCGAUCUGUGAAGAGAAAAUUAACUCUCAAGCUCCAGCAAAUUAUGCACCACGAAUGAAGAAACAGCCAGAAGACAUGCUCCUGAAAGCACUUUCUCAACCAUCACCAUUUGGAUUCAAUCCAUUCGCCACUGCAGAAAUCAAAAUGGGAGCUCCAGAUGACUUCUUGCAAGCUCUUAUCGAACAGGCAAAACAGUACUCCCACUCCAGCACAUCCCCAUCUGCUAACUCUAUUGAAGGAAAUGCCUCAAAUGAAAAUGAAAGUCUGACGAGUGAUUCUGUUUUUCUCAGCAAGUUGAACAACACGUACCUGAUUACAAAAGAAGAAGAUUCAUCCUCCUCAUCAGUCAGUGGCAGUACACAUAUAUCCACCUCAUCAUCAGAUUUCCAUUUAAAUGACGGUUCCAGUAUUGCUGCUCUUCUUCAAAUAGCCACCGACUCUGACCUAGUAUUCACAUUUAAUGCAAGAAAAUCUGGUGAAUAUUGUUUUGAGAACAAUGCGAAGAAUCACAAAAUGGUCACCUUAACCGACUGUGGUAACGAAAUCCGAGUGACACAGCUUGAGAAUGAAGAGGAGAUUCGUGUGGAGAUGUGGAGGAAAAGUGACUGGCAGCAGUUCACAUGGGCGGUUCGAGGAUCUUGUCUUCAUUUUCUGAAGAAUUGCACAGAAAUUUCGAUGCCCACUCUGAAAAUGGAACCACCAACUCCUAAGGAAGUGGAAGAAGUUCAAUGA